GUACUAAACCCCAUCGGGUCCAAAAUCAAUGGGCCCCGGAUAAGUGAGGAAAACCAGAGUUAUACAGAAGGAGCCUCGUGUCUUCAUUAAUGGGUUCAUGUCAACAAAGCACUGGCCCUUUGUUACAGAGACGAAGCUUGAGGAGGUUUUGCUCCAUGUUUGCUUUAAUCUUCGCCACUGAUGAAGCUGCAGAGCAGAAUAUAAUCCGCAAUUAAUUGUUGAAGUAAUCAAAUUUUGUGAUUAACAUUGCGAUUAAGCAUUUGGGUUCGAAAAUGAUGUCUCCGAGGCCAGUUCCUGAAGACGGAGGAGGAUCUUCUCCCCAUUUCAGGAGCUUCGGUUGUACUUUUUCUCUUCACCUGCCUGAUCCCAGCAUCCACCCUAUUUAUAAUUAUGCAAAAACCUUGGAAGGGCAGGCCGCUCUCAAAUACACAGAUAUCCUCGAUGAUGAGGUUCAGACGGAGCAAGUGUUGGGUAUAAAAGAGAUGGCACUUCCAAUCUCUGCUGGAAUCUUAUCAGCACUGAGGAGGGUGAUUGCCCGGCGUGUUUCGCUCAAGAAUCAACUUAAAAGGCGACUUAAUGCGAUAACUAUUGCAUCUGCAACAUGUUUUCUGUUUCCUGUGGCUAUGUGGGACAUGAUCAUAGGAUCACCUUCAAGUACCAGCGAUAAGGUGUCCUUCUCUACUUGGGCUUUUCUGAGCACCAUUCUUUUUGGAGUAAUCUUGAUAUUCUAUGUCUAUAGUAUAGCAGAAGAGGGGUUACACAUGGUUUUCUCUUCUCCAAGGCAUUUAAUGGUAGCUGGAGGAUGCAUAAUCGUUAUGGAGUUGUACAAAAUGGACUUUUCUUUUCCAGGCUUCCUUAUUUGCUGCUUAAUUUUGGGCUUUGGGAUAUAUGAGGCAACGUCUUUGGAACGUGGUAGAAAAGAUUAUUUUCGAACUUCAGAUCCAUCAAAUGGGAUGCUAGGGGAGGGACCAAAUUCAGAUGUCUUCACUUCCAACUUGAUUUAUGUUUGCAUCUGGAUUACAAGUUGCAAUUGUGAGUUAAUGUACAUCAGUAGCAAAUUCGUCGGCAGCAAGUUGCUGGACAAAUGUUGGUCCAUUAGUCAGAUGCUAGAAAACCAAAACCAGGAGGAGGGAAAUAUACUCGUCGCAAAACACUACGCAAACCCUGGAUUGUUGAAAUGAUCGGAAACUCCCGAGAAAUUUGUUGUUUGUCGAUCUUGAUGUGGUAUGUCGGGGGAUCUGGCAGUGUUGAAUCUGUUGAAUCCAUUACCACUCAGAAACGUGCUGUACGGUUCGAACCGGCGAUAAUUUACCAUCUGUUGAAGAAAUAUACUUGUACUAACUUUUCCGGAAUUUUAUGACUCCAUCUUCUCUCUUACAAAUGGUUUUUAGUCAUGAGAUUUUCGUA